CACGGAUGGAAUGACAAAACUCUUCCUCUAAAUCCUCCUCAACUCGACUUCCUCCAUGUUCAGUCGACUCAACCUGCUAGUCCGUCAUAUUGCUCGCCCGGCUGUCGCUACGAACUACGCAGCUCCGACCUCGUCCCUGGCAUUACCAGCUUCCUCCGUCUUGUCUCCGCGCCCUCCUUCAACGCUCUCCACGAUGGCGUCCGCAGUGAAUCCAAGUCCCAAGCUGAUACAUACGGCGGCUUGUUUGAUCAUCGGUGAUGAAGUCCUUGGCGGUAAGACGGUCGACACCAAUUCCGCAUUCUUCGCCAAAUGGUGUUUCUCUCUCGGAAUCCAGUUAAAACGCGUUGAGGUGAUAGCCGACGACGAAGACGAGAUCGUUGAAGCCGUCAAACGGAUGAGCAAUCGCUAUGACUUUGUUGUAACCAGCGGAGGCAUUGGACCAACUCACGAUGACAUAACCUACCAAUCUAUCGCCAGAGCGUUCAACCUAGAAUUAAAACUGCACCAGCCGGCCUUCGAGCGCAUGAAGCGUCUCUCGAAACCUCACCCGCUCCAACCCAAAUUCGACUGGAACACGCCCUCACCAGAUCUCACCGCGAAACUGCGCAUGGUGGAGCUCCCAUAUGACCCGAAGCGAACGGACGCUGAACAGGCCCUCUUCGUCGCUGACUCCCUGUGGGUACCUAUCGCCGUCGUCAACGGUAACGUGCACAUUCUCCCCGGUGUACCGCGCUUGUUUGAGUCCUUGCUGGAGAAUCUCAAGCCGCUUUUGGUUCCGCGUCUGGCCAACCCCGAGGGAAGAGGUAUCUACCGGUUCCUCAUCAGCACGCCAUUGCCUGAAAGUGCAGUGGCUCCGCAUCUGACGGAGCUAGCGAUGCAAGCAGCACCGUACGACGUUAAGAUCGGUAGUUAUCCGCGGUGGGGGAAGAAGCGGAAUACUGUGACUCUCGUUGGACCUAACAAGGAAUACAUGGAGUCUUUAGUCCCGAUUGUCGAGGCCCGAACUCAGGGGAAAAGGGUUUCCGCAGAGGAUGAGCUUGAUUCUGAUGUCGAGGGAAGCAAAUGAAUGUGAAUCUCGAGUAACGCUAACAGGAUACCAUCUUGUCUGUUUUAAGAGUAUUUUAGAGCUCUGUAUAUAUAUGCUGCUUUUUUGGAGCAGAUCUGAGCUGGGCUGGUCACUGUAUGUGGUGGGUACAAUAUAAAUAGUCCUAAUAGAAUAUGCCAUACUGGGGGUUCACC